GUUGUUGUACUAUAAUAACUGCAGUUAUACAACAAACGAUGAUCAUUAUUAUUAUUCGGCUUGGACGGCAUAGCGUGCGAUGAUAAUAUAUAUAUAUAUAUAUAUUUUUCGUAUAAUAACUGUGGUUAAUCGUUAAUCAACCGUCGGGUGUCGGGACGACCGGGUUUUUAGUUGUGAAAUCCUUCGCGAUGGCCGAUAAAUCCCGGACGAGUAAAAUAAUAAUAUUAUUACAAAAAACCGGAGAAUAAAAAAAACACUUCCGAACACCAAAAAUCGGUUCCGCCGCUCCACGGGUAGUAAUAAAAAAGUCUAGCACGACUCGAAAUAUACCUCUAAACUAUAAUCCGACCAAUAUGAUUCAACCGCUUUUGUUCGUGUAUGGGUUGUUUUCUGUUUGCACUUUUCUGAUGUGCUCGGCCGGUAAUCCUGGAUCAUGGUCAGACGCAGUCAACGUGUCCAAACUUAACAAUAUGUUGAAAGCGAGCGGGUGGGAGAAACUGUUCUCAAGAAUCCUAGAUGAAGAAUCAAUAUCAACCGACGAAGGAGAAAUCGACUUGUCUGACCUAUUGAAUAAAGGAGAGGACGGCAAUAUUGUCACUCCGGCAAAUAACAUCGAUAAAUUUCUAAAAUGUGCGGGCACGGUAAACUGCUUUUACGGCGAAAACCUAAAAUUCAUAAACACUAUAUACAUUGAAGUAAUCGUGGGCCACUGCAUGAGCCACGAAUCGGACGCGUUAAAGUUGGAUUGCAUGGAACGGUAUUGGGAGACAAUUGACAAAUAUAAAUCACUGCUCAUGAAAAUGCUUAAAGUUCUGAAUUUUUUCCACGAAGCUUCAAAAGGCUUACUUUUAACAGUUGUCAUUGACACCUUGGAAUUUUUAGUACCGUUCUACGACCGUGAGAAUUACACCAAAUCAAAAUACUUGGACGAAAAUGAUACGAUCAUGAUAGAUAAUUUAAAAGAGGAUAACGACUUUUUCCUAGACAAGAUGAAUUGCGCAAACAAAAUGCUGCAGGAUUUUCUCGUGGCCGGUUGUUCGUUUGAGGGCGAAGACAACACAUCCGAUAUCAUUGCAGGUCUCAAAGCAUCAUUGGAUGCUCUUUUGCCAGAUCAACGUAUCAACUCAUUAUUUCAAUAUUAUGAUAAUUUAUUAAUUGAAAGUGAGAAAUCAUUCCUAACCGAGCUAGGGAUUGAUGAAGAGUAAGUAAGAGUUUAAGGUCGUUAUGUAUAUUUUUACUGUCAUUAAUUAAAACCUUCUGUUGUAUAUUAUACAUUUAUGUUUUUGAAUAACAUUUUUUUUAAAUGUUUAUUCUGUUUG